ACAACUUACGCAAUACCCAUCUCAACUCAAAAACACAAAGCACAUCACUCACUUUUGGCACUCUAAAACCCAUCGAUCAUCCCUAGUAGUACCAUCUAGAUUGGCGCGCUCCAAGUUAAAACCGAGCCAUGGCGACCCGAGGUCUCUCCCCCUUCCAGCUCAUUGCCUUCCUCCUCGUAGGUCUCCUGGCCACGUGCCACGCCGGCAGCAUCGCCGUGUACUGGGGCCAGAACGACGGCGAGGCGUCGCUGGCCGAGACGUGCGCGUCGGGGAACUACGAGUUCGUCAUCCUGGCUUUCCUCCCCACGUUCGGCAAGGGCCAGACGCCUGAGCUGAACCUCGCCAGCCACUGCGACCCUUCGUCGGGCGGCUGCAGAGGCCAGAGCAAGGACAUCAGCUCGUGCCAGCGCCGCGGCGUCAAGGUGCUCCUCUCCAUCGGCGGCGGCGACGGGAGCUACGGCCUCUCCUCCCCCGGCGACGCCCGGCAGGUCGCCAUGUACCUCUGGAACAACUACCUGGGCGGCUCCUCCUCCUCCCGGCCCCUCGGCGACGCCGUGCUCGACGGCAUCGACUUCGACAUCGAGCUCGGCGGCGUCAAGUUCUGGAACGACCUCGCCAGGGACCUGAAGAACUUGGGCAAGAACGGCGGCAAGGAGGUGCUGCUGAGCGCGGCGCCGCAGUGCCCGUUCCCGGACGAGUGGGACGGCGGCGCGAUCAACACGGGGCUGUUCGACUUCGUGUGGGUGCAGUUCUACAACAACGAGGAGUGCCAGUUCAGCGCGGGGCGGGGCGCGUUCCUUGACGCGUGGAAGAAAUGGGAGUCUGUCCCCGCGGGGAAGAUCUACCUGGGGCUGCCGGCCGCCAAGGACGCCGCGGGCACCGGGUUCGUGCCCGCCGCCGAGCUCACGUCGCGCGUGCUCCCGCUCAUCAAGGGCUCGCCCAAGUACGGCGGCGUCAUGCUGUGGUCCAAGUUCUACGACGACCGCACCGGCUACAGCGACGCCAUCAAAAGCCAAGUGUGAUUCUCCGGCGAUAUAUGCAUUGUGUUACAUGCAUGUGCGAGUGCGAUGUCGUUUGGUGGUAUUUCAUUGUUGUGCUUGUAUUUUUGUGUGCGUAUUCUUUGUCCAUAUGUCUCGUGUCUCGAAGUGUUGCUACAUCCAUGCAUGUAUGGAAGUGUAUCAAUAUCACUGUAUCACGGUAUAAAGAAUUCAGAAUAAUAGAAGUGCUAUUUUACGUUA